GCUUGGAGCAUUUUAGCGUUUCAGGAAACUGAGAGACAAUCUCCUGAUAUAUUUGAUGUUCCUCACUAUAAAAUGCUGAAAAACUACUUGCAACUUUUGGGGCAAGAUCCACGUCAAAAAAAUGGAUUUAAGAAUUUUAUAGUAACUGCUGUAGUGAUCAGUAUUACAGGCAACAUUAUACCAACGUCACUAGAAUUGUAUACCUCGUUAUGUGACAAGAAUAUGGACGCAGUAAUCAACGUUUUCCCACAUUUUAUGGCAGCUACGAUCAGUGCUAUUAAAAUAUUAAAUAUCCAGAUCAACAGACAGAAUUUUAACAAAUUGCUUCAAUUUGUGGCAAAGCAAUGGGAACAACUGAAAUUAAACAAUGAAUUGUACGUUUUGAAUCGAACCGUUGUGCAAGGCAACAAGAUGGCUCAAUUGUAUCGAAGAUCUUUAUUGACCGCUUUGAUAUUAUUCCUACUGGUCCCACUAGUUUCUCCCAUUCUCGAUGUCGUUCUCCCACUAAAUGAAACUCGACCACGUCAGCAACUGCUUAAAAUUAAUUACAUUAUUUUUGACGACGCCAACUAUUUUUUCUACGUAUAUAUGCAGUUAGCUUGGGGAUCAAUUAUGGUUGUGGUAACCAUAAUUUCCGUAGAUUCAUUGUACAUCCUUAUAAUUCAUCACAACAGCGGAUUGUUUGCCGUGUGUGGGAACCAAGUGCAAAGGGCAACAAAAAAUUUAAACACCAGUCAAAUUAUUUCGGAGAAUUACACGUACAAACAGAUUAGGAAUUGCGUGAUCACGCACAACGAAGCCAUCCAGUUUUAUAAUAUUCUAAACGAAAGCAGUCGAACUAGUUAUUUGAUCCAAGUUGGAUUAAAUAUGUUGAUAAUCAGCGCAACAGCCUUGCAAGCAGUAAUAAAUUUAGAUAAACCGGAAGAAGCAAUUAGAAGCGUGGUAUUUUGUGGGGCCAAUCAAUUUCAUUUAUUUGUGCUUAGUCUACCCGGACAGGUGCUUCUGGAUCAUUGCACUGAGCUAGGAAAUAAUAUAUACGGUGCCAUGUGGUACAGAACACCCGUGCAAAUUCAAAAAGUACUUUACAUGAUGCAGAUAAGAAGUGGGAAACUAUGCAGCUUAACGGCAGGCGGACUGUACGAAAUGAAUAUAGAAAAUUUCGGAGUGACCUUCAAAACGUGCAUGUCCUACUUCACGAUGUUAUUGUCGCUAAAAUAACGAUUCUACCUUAUCCGUUGAAAUUAUUUAGUCAAAUUCACUGUGCUGUGAUACAAGAUUAACCAGGAAUGCGAAUAUUAAGAUCAUAUAGCCAAGAUAUGUACUGUUAAUAUUAAAUCGUUUAAAUUACUAUAUUAAACACGUAAAUAGAAUUAUUGAACCAUCUUUCAAUAUUAUUUGAUAUUUCAGAGUGUAUUUUCGACCAAUCGCGGCGAGACGCAAUCGCGAGGAAACACGUCAACGGGAGUCGUAAAUUCCCGUUACGAUGAUAAUAAUCGACGCCGCGAAUAGGUCGAUCCCCUGAUUUCCGUUGAGAUAAUAAGGGUGGUUGAGGUGGUAUAACGCUGCGAUUAACAGGGUUAUAAACUUUAUAUUUCCAACACUUGUACACUCAAGAGUUACACCGUUUCGUAUGAUAUAAGUCGUAGACGAUGAUUUGGCGUACACACACAAUAUUAUUUGGUAAUGGAGCAAGGCCCUUACAGUUGAGUUUCUUGUUGUAGUUGAAGGAGACUAAGUAUAGAUAUGAAGUGACUGCUCUGUAGUCUAGAGAAUCAGUUUAGAGAGAUGACGUGAUUAAGACUGACUUGUCGCUCCUAUGUUAUUACGGAAGAAAGUUCGGUGUGAGUGUGCCCUUUGAAUGAAGAACGCGGAUUCGUUGUUCACACUUUUCGUUAGGAAAAGUGAGGGUGAGCGAUGUCGACUGGUUAUGACCCAUGUUAAUGCCAAAAGGUAUGAGGAGGAAGCCUCCUACCAACGUGGUUUGUGGAUGACCUUGUUCAUGGAAAAAACCAGCUUGUUUUGUUAGACAAAUAUUCGGUUUUCCCAAUAGGUGAAUACCCGCUUUUUCCGUGUUUUCAAGAGUGCCUAAUAAACCCAAGGACUUUUCUAAAAACCAGCCGUGAACCGAAAAAUUUCUAGGAUUAAAAAAUCCUUCAGGACAAACAGAUUGACUGAAAAACAUGUAUUGACACAAUGAAGUUAAAAGUUAAAGGUUUAUGGUGGAUCCUUAGAUUAGAAUGAGGGUUGGAAUGACGAUACGUAGACAGUGCAGAUGUCUUACGCGACAUAAAACAGAGUGUAAAACAUGUUAUAUAUCUUACCGAAAUAAUGAAUUGAUCACUAUUUCACAGAUUUCUUUCAGUUCGUUCCAUCGAGCCACAGAGAAAAUUUACAUUUGUGUACUAAUUUUAGCAAGAUACGUAUAAUGAAACUCCAACGGUUGAAUCUAUUAACUAACUGGAUCCACCACUUUUUUAAGUUUCAUUUACAUCUCGCAAAUAACACCGUUGCACUUUUUUCCGUGUCAAAGCUUCAGCUAGAGGUCGAAGGAAAUAUUAUCACGUCAACACUGCGAAUAGAGGUACGAUACUUUUCUGAGAAUUCAAGACUUUUCAGUGUAUAAUUAAUUCUACAAUUAUUUAUACAUCACUGAGUACUUAGUUAAUACCAUAUUGUCAGUAGCUCGAUCAAUAUCUCACUGUAAUCAUAGAUCUUCGAUUUUCAGUUUAAAUGACAGGCAUCGCUAUAACCCUUGAUUCGUUAUGUUCCUAUCUAUAAUGCACUUGUCAUUCAGCAAUAGCUAACUUAGACAUUAUGCUAUAUACUGCAUACCUGUCCGGCAAAGAAGUCGAUUCAUAGUCAUACUUGAUAACCGUAAUUACAAGCUCAGUAAUAUUGAAUAUCGAGUAUAACUGCAUUCGCAGAUUGACUUUCGCAAUUUUAAGAACAGAAACAUUUAUUCAAUCGGCACGACGAUAGUCCGAACGUUAACCGAAGUCAAUUAAUUGAAAAUCUGGAAAUAUGGAUAGUAAGAGAUAGAAAUGAGCCAUUUAGAAGUCACGUUGAUCAACUCUAUAAAUUGAAGAGCACACGAAAAUGUUGAUAUUACAACUAUUAUUGUUUUUAAAUUUAUCUUAGAAUUUACCAUCAUUUACGUCACCUUCUUACGAUAAGAAAAAUUUAUGGAAGUAAAUUUGUUUCUGGAGAAUUGAAUAUUAAUCGUGUGCAUGUGUAAUGAAAUUUAAAAAUUAAUAAAAAGUGCGGUUGGAUCAGUACCUGUCUUCUGAAUGACUCAAAUGCAAUUUAUGUUAUGACUAUAAUAUAAAUUAUAAAUAAUUAAAAUAGUUCUUUGUCAAUAUAUAAUUUUUAUGGUACUUAAAGUAAACUAGCCGGGGAUAAUUCUUUCAUGAAAUUAAUUUAAACUUAGAACAUUCAGCAUUUCAGAAAGUCAGAACACAGUCUACCGAUAUGUUCGACAUUCCUUACUAUAAAAUGCUCGAGAAAUAUUUGCAAAUUGUAGGACAAGAUCCACGCCAGAGAGAUAUAUUCAGAAGUAUUAUUGUGACUAUAAUGGUGACUAGUAUCACAGGCAUUCUCGUUCCAACGGUAAGGGAAACAUAUCGUAUAGUACAUUUUAUAGAAAUGUAUUCUUUAUUUAUAGAGAUACAUUUCUAUAAAAUGUAUUAUAAUCGAAAUGAGAAAACUUAGUUGAGUAAAUUCCUCGCAAGAAAGUAAAUAACCAGAUAACGUUAUUGACAAUUGGAACCUACAAUCACUAGUUAUUAGAAGUAUAUAGAUCC